GCGACUUUUUUCUUGACCUGCCCGCGUUGAAGCUGUGUUUGCCGUGUUUGCGCCCGGAGCUUCCCCGGCCAAUGGUUCCACCGGCGCCCGUGACCUUUUGGAUGCCUACAACUUUCGCUGCUUCACCACUCCAAUUGCGCGAGCAGCUGUAUUCGACCUGGACUCGUAGCUUCUUCCAGCUGCCACUCGACUGCCGUAUCCUCGCGACACUUUUCCCUGCGCAAAAUGUCCAAGCGACCGGCGCUAGAACCGCUCGAGGAAAUGUACGACGCGCCUUCUCCAGCACCAAAGCGCGCCAAGGUCGAAGACGAAGAGAUAGAGAGCCCUCAGCCCGAUGGCGCGACUAGCAAUGGUCAUCUCAUGUCACCGCGCGAGCAAUAUCGAGACAAAGUAGACAUCACAGGCGCAUACGACGAGGAGCAUGCCGAGCUUGAGGAAGCCGGCGCAUUAAACGACAACGACGACGAUGACGAGCCCGCAAUCGCUGCGCCGAAACGCCAGACUGCCCCAGAAGCCGGCUACACAGAUCUAUACCUUGAUACGAUAAAUCGCAAAGUCCUCGACUUCGACUUUGAGAAACUAUGUUCCGUUACCCUCUCCAACAUCAACGUGUAUGCCUGUCUAGUAUGCGGGAAAUACUACCAAGGUCGCGGCCCCAAAUCGCAGGCAUACUUCCACGCGCUGGAGGAGGGCCAUCACGUAUACGUCAAUAUGGAGACAAAGAAGGUCUAUGUGCUCCCAGAGGGCUACGAAGUGACGUCCAAGUCGUUGGACGACAUCAAGUUCGUUGUGGAUCCGCGUAUGAACAAAGAAGAGGUUGCGAAGCUAGACAAGGAGCCCAAGGUAUCAUGGGACCUCUCCAAUCGAGAGUAUAUCCCAGGUUUCGUUGGUAUGAACAACAUCAAAGCGAACGAUUACUUCAACGUUGUGAUACAAGCUCUAUCUCAUGUUUCUCCUUUGCGGAACUAUUUCAUGCUGGAAGAUUUGUCGACCCGGCCGCAGCUCGCACAGCGCUUUAGCACCCUCGUCCGUAAGAUUUGGAACCCACGGGCCUUCAAAACUCACGUCUCACCCCAUGAACUCCUCCAAGAGAUAGCUCUUCGAUCAUCAAAACGUUUUACUCUCUCUGACCAGUCAGAUCCCGUCGACUUCCUCUCAUGGUUCCUCAACAAUCUUCACCUAGCAGUCGGCGGCUCGCGAACAAAACCCAACAGCAGCAUAAUCCAGAAAGUGUUCCAAGGCACGCUGAAGAUCGAGCAACAAGAAAUUACUGCGCGUGCUGAUGCCGGUGAUCGUCUCCGCUUCGAAGACGCCGCCGUUCAAACCGAGAUAUCACGUUUCCUCGUGCUAACCCUCGACCUACCGGCAGCCCCUCUGUUCCAAGACGCCCUCGAGAAGAACAUCAUCCCACAGGUCCCUCUUGUCAAUAUCCUUUCAAAAUACAACGGCGUGACUCCACAAGAAAAGUCAAAGAACCGCGUUCGCUACCGCCUCCUACACCCCUUACCUCCUUACCUCCUCUUCAACAUCAAGCGCUUCUCCAAGAACAAAUUCGUCUCGGAACGGAAUCCAACCAUCGUCACGUUUCCCGUACACUCUCUUGACAUGUCACCGUACGUCGAGCCGAGUCAAGACUAUCCUCCCGGCGAGCCUAUCUGGUAUGAUCUUGUAGCCAACAUCACUCACGAGGCGGUCAAGAAAAAGGAUGAUAGUGUUGAAGGUGAGCAGGAAAGCAAGGUUUGGAGAGUGCAGGUCAAGGAUCGAGCGAGAGAGGAGUGGUACGGCAUUCAAGAUCUGUAUGUCGAGAAAGAGAGGGCUGAGACGUUGUUUACCAAGGAAGCAUAUCUCAUGGUUUGGGAGAGGAGAAAGGGGCAGAAACCAAAGGGGCGGUAGGCAGAGGAAGUGGUGACUGUCUUGUACGAAUAUUUUAGGGAGCAUAGUUGGAAUAUCGUCUUGUCGAGGAAUCAAUACAAUGACUCCCUGCGCCUGGAUUUAGUAUCGCAGAUGAAGGAUGUCAGCCCCCAGUCAUUCGUAGCACUCCUCACAUAGAAUAUUGCUACUCCAGAUUUGACCCGACCACAUCAUUUUCGGACUGCCUUGAAGCUUAAAAUCCAGCCAAAAUCUACCCGACAGAACCAAUAGGCUAGCCGGAUUGACUUUUUCAUGAGAU